AUGCUGCCAGCCCGAGAUUUAACUGCUACUUUGAGUGAGGUGUAUAAAAUGCAGCCAGUGAAAAAUAUUUCAUGUUCCAAGUUGGAGGAACUGAAUUCAAAGAAAGCAUUGUACAUCGUGAAGAAGUAUAAUGAAGAGAGGAUUGAUGAAGAAAAUGACUAUGCGUUCAUAAGCAAGGCUGAAACAGUUUCUGAACCCUCUUCGACCUCCCAAAGUCCGAUUUCAAACAUAAAUAUGAUUCAGCAAUUCAAUCAGCAGAUGCUCUUAAUGAGAAAGGAACUUGAUAAAGUCAAGAAAAACAGUGAUGAUCAAGAGAAAGAAAUUACAAUCAUGAAGAAACAGAAUCAGGAUCUGAAGAGCGAAAUUACGAUCAUGAAGAAACAGGUUACAACCUUGAAGAAUCAGAAUCAGGAUCUACAGAGCGAAGUUACAACCUUGAAGAAACAGAAUCAGGAUCUACAGAGAGAAGUUACAACCUUGAAGAAACAGAAUCAGGAUGUCCUUCAAUCUAUCCAUGAGAUGCAGGAGGAUAUUGAUGAAAUGAAGUAUGCUAACACUUUCGGGAAAGUGUUCAAAUUUUUGUCAUCUCUUAUUUUAGGGCACGUAUGUGAAGACUUGAAAUCGAAAUGGGAGAAUGAACAAACUCAAGACAGAAAGGUCUGGAUGAUGGCAAUAGAGCAUUAUAUCAGCAGCGAAUUGAUUACAACCAUCCCAGUUACCAAAGAGCAGCUUUCUGUUGUUUGGAGUGAUUACCUUAUCGUCAGAAAGGCAAGAAAUAGGAAAACUUUGUCCAAGAAAGAAGCCGAGGUUCUUCUUAGUUGGUACGAGCAACAUCAUUUAAAUGAAAAUUAA